GGGGAGGAAGUUGGCCUAGGGGCCGCCUGGGCUGUGUCUGCAAGGAGGCGGGCAGCUGUGGUAGCUGCUUUGACCUGUUGAGGGCGGCGCGAUGGGAGACGAAAUGGAUGCCGUGAUCCCCGAGCGGGAGAUGAAGGAUUUUCAGUUUAGAGCCCUGAAGAAGGUGAGAAUCUUUGACUCCCCCGAGGAGUUGCCCAAGGAACGCUCGAAUCUGCUUGCCGUGUCCAACAAGUAUGGCCUGGUCUUCGCUGGUGGAGCCAGUGGGUUGCAGAUUUUUCCUACUAAAAAUCUUCUUAUUCAGAAUAAACCUGGAGAUGAUCCCAAUAAGAUAGUUGAUAAAGUUCAAAGCUUGCUAGUUCCUAUGAAAUUCCCGAUACAUCACCUGGCCCUGAGCUGUGAUAACCUCACACUUUCCGUGUGCAUGAUGUCCAGUGAAUAUGGUUCCAUUAUUGCUUUUUUUGAUGUUCGCACUUUCUCAAAUGAGGCCAAACAGCAGAAACGCCCGUUUGCGUAUCAUAAGCUCCUGAAAGAUGCAGGAGGCAUGGUGAUCGAUAUGAAGUGGAACCCUACUGUUUCCUCCAUGGUGGCAGUUUGCCUGGCUGAUGGCAGCAUUGCUGUCCUACAGAUCACAGAGACAGUGAAAGUGUGUGCGACUCUUCCUUCCACAGUAGGAGUAACAUCUGUCUGCUGGAGCCCCAAAGGAAAGCAGCUGGCAGUGGGGAAACAGAAUGGAACUGUGGUCCAGUAUCUUCCUACUUUGCAGGAAAAAAAAGUCAUUCCUUGUCCUCCAUUUUAUGAGGCAGAUCAUCCUGUCAGAGUUCUGGAUGUGCUGUGGAUUGGUACAUAUGAAUUCACAAUAGUAUAUGCUGCUGCAGACGGGACCUUGGAAACUGCUCCAGAUGUGGUGAUGGCUCUGCUCCCGAAAAAAGAAGAAAAGCACCCAGAAGUGUUUGUGAACUUUAUGGAGCCCUGCUAUGGCAGCUGUACAGAGAGGCAGCAUCAUUACUACCUCAGCUACAUUGAAGAAUGGGAUUUAGUGCUGGCAGCAUCUGCGGCUUCAACAGAAGUUAGUAUCCUCGCUCGACAAAGCAGCCAGGUUAAUCUCCAUUCCAUCCAUUGCUCAAGCAAAAAUUAUGGUGUCACCUCUGACUCUCUUUCUCUCACAUCUCACAUCUAUCAAAAGAGUAAUUGGGAAUCUUGGCUGCUGGAGGAUUCUAGCCGAGCUGAACUGCCUGUGACAGACAAGAGUGAUGAUUCCUUGCCCAUGGGAGUUGCCAUAGAUUACACCAACCAAGUGGAAAUCACCAUCAAUGAUGAGAAGACUCUUCCUCCUGCUCCAGUUCUUAUGUUACUUUCAACAGAUGGUGUGCUUUGUCCAUUUUACAUGAUCAAUCAAAAUCCUGGUGUUAGGUCCCUCCUCAGGACACCAGAGCGGCUCUCACUGGAAGGAGAGCGACAACCCAAGUCAUCAGGAAGUACUCCUACUACUCCCACCUCCUCUCAGGCCCCGCAGAAGCUCGAUGCGGCAGCAGCCGUAGCUCCUGCCUCCGUUCUGCCUUCAUCACCGACUGCUCCCACCUCCACCUUCUCUUUGCCUUCCGCCGUGGGAGCCCCUGCUGUGUUCUCCUUUGGUUCUUCAUCCUUGAAGUCAUCUGGUUCUGUCACUGGGGAGGCCCCUCCGUGUUCCAGUGCCUCUGACAAUUCCAAAGCAGCCUUGGGCCCUGGAGCAUCCUCCUUCUCUUUUGUUCCUCCUCCUCAAGCCUCCCUCGUGCUCACCCCUGCGGCCUCUCCCAUGGCACCCUCAGCUGCCUCAUUCUCCUUUGGAUCGUCGGGUUUUAAGCCUACCCUGGAAAGCACACCAGUGCCAAGCGUGUCUGCUCCAAACACAGGAAUGAAGCCCACCUUCCCACCAUCAGCCUCUGCAGUCAAGGUCAACCUUAGCGAAAAGUUCACGGCCGCGGCCACCUCUGCUCCUGUUCACAACUCACAGAGCUCACCCUCAAUGCUGCCGUUCUCCUCGGUCUCCAAGCCAGCAUCCUCUGGACCUCUCAGCCAUCCUGCACCUCUCUCGGCAUCAUCCAGUUCCUUGUCAUCCAAGUCCUCGGUCUCUUCCUCAGUAUCGGCAGGGCGGUCUGCUCAGGGUAGUCCAAAUGCAGUGCCGUCAACGGUACAGAAAUCACCCAGGAUAACCCCUCCAGUGGCCAAGUCAGGCUCUCCCCAGGCAAAAUCACUUCAGCCUCCUGUUACAGAAAAGCAGGGACAUCAGUGGAAAGAGUCAGACCCUGUGAUGGCUGGAAUCGGGGAGGAGAUCACUCACUUUCAGAAGGAGUUGGAAGAGCUGAAAGCCCGGACUUCCAAAGCCUGUUUCCAAGUGGGCACUUCUGAGGAGAUGAGGAUGCUGCGAACAGAAUCAGAUGACCUGCACACCUUUCUUUUGGAGAUUAAAGAGACCACAGAGUCUCUUCAUGGAGAUAUAAGUACCCUGAAAACAACUUUACUUGAGGGCUUUGCUGGUGUUGAAGAAGCCAGAGAACAAAAUGAGAGAAACCGUGACUCUGGGUAUCUGCACUUGCUCUAUAAGAGGCCGCUGGACCCCAGGAGUGAGGCUCAGCUCCAGGAAAUUCGGCGCCUUCAUCAGUAUGUGAAAUUUGCUGUCCAAGAUGUGAAUGAUGUUCUAGACUUGGAGUGGGAUCGGCAUCUGGAACAAAAGAAAAAACAAAAGCGCCUGUUUGUGCCAGAGCGAGAGACGCUGUUUAACACCCUUGCCAACAACCGGGAAAUCAUCAACCAACAGAGGAAGAGGCUGAAUCACCUGGUGGAUAGUCUCCAGCAGCUCCGUCUUUAUAACCAAACCUCCCAGUGGGGCCUUCCCUUGGAUGUCCCCUCUCAGAGCAGCACUCACAGUUUUGACAGUGACCUCGAAAGCCUGCGCAAUGCUUUGUUGAAAACAACCAUAGACUUUCAAACCAAACCCUUGCCCAAAGUCGCAGCUAAACUGUCCCCCGUGAAACAGGCACAGCUGAGAAACUUCUUGGCCAAGAGGAAGACCCCACCGGUGAGAUCUACUGCUCCAGCCAGCCUGUCUCGGUCAGCUUUCCUGUCUCAGAGGUAUUAUGAAGACUUGGAUGAAGUCAGCUCAACGUCAUCCAUUUCCCAGUCUCUGGAAGGUGAAGACACACGGGCAUCCUGUAAGGAUGACGACGCAGUGGUCCAGGUUCCCCGGCAUGCUCCCGUGGUUCGGACGCCUUCCAUCCAGCCCAGUCUUUUGCCCCAGGCGACUCCUUUUGCUAAAUCUCACCUGAUUCAUGGUUCACCAGGUGUGAUGGGAACUUCAGUGACUGCACCUGCUAGCAAAAUUAUUCCCCAAGGGGCUGAUAGCACAAUGCUUGCAACAAAAACCGUGAAGCAUGGCGCCCCUGGCCCUUCCCACCCCAUCUCUGCUCCCCAGGCGGCCGCUGCAGCAGCCCUGAGACGGCAGAUGGCCAGUCAGUCUCCAGCUGUCAGUACUUUGACCGAAUCAACUUUGAAGAAUGUCCCUCAAGUGGUAAAUGUGCAGGAAUUGAAGAAUAAUCCUACAGCCCCCUCUGCAGCGAUGGGUUCUUCAGUGCCGUACUCUGCAGCCAAAACACCUCACCCGAUGUUGACCCCAGCGUCUGCUCACCAAGCUAAGCAGGGAUCUCUGAUAAACGCCUUAAAGCCGUCUGGGCCCACACCAGCGUCCAGUCAAUUGUCAUCUGGUGAUAAAGCUUCAGGACCAGUGGCAACCAAGAUAGAGACAGCUGUGACGUCUACCCCGUCUGUUGUUGGGCAGUUCAGCAAGUCUUUCUCAUUUUCUCCGUCAGGGACUGGCUUUAAUUUUGGGAUAGUCACACCAACACCGUCUUCUAAUUUCACGGCCACACAAGUGGCAGCACCCCCCGGCAAAGAGUCAAACCAGCUGGACACAUUCUCCUUUGGCGGGACAGGCAAACCUUUUUACGAGGCCAUUCCUGAAAGCUCCCCUCCCUCGGGAAUGACGACGUCAAGUAGCACGGGAGCUGCUGGUCCCUCUCCUGGGGAGUCUGCUCCAUCCAGCGGCAGGCCUGUGGCACCUUCUGGAAUUGCUCUUUCCACCCCCUCUGGCAAGGUGGAAGCUCCGCCGUCCAAGUUGGGAGAGCUUCUGUUUCCAAGUUCUCUGGCUGGAGAGACUCUAGGAAGUUUUUCAGGACUGCGGGUUGGCCAAGCAGAUGAUUCUACAAAGGCAGCCAGUAAGGCUUCAUCCCCAGGCGGGACUGGUGCUAGUGCACAGCCCACCAAGACUUCGGCCGUCCCCUCCGGGUUUAGUUUCACCGGCCCCGUGGUGCUGGGGAAGCCCACGGAGCCUCCCGUGACCUCCUCUGUGGCUGCCACCACAGUGACCCUGGCGGCUGCGGCCGGCCCCAGCCCCGGCAGUUCCUCAACUGGCGUCUUUGGCAGCCUGCCGCUCACCAGUGCGGGACCCUCCAGCGUAAUCAGUUUUGCGGGGCUAUCGCUAAGCGGUAGCAAGACCAGUUUUCCGUUCGGAGGCCAGCAGACAAGUGGUACAGCGCCGUCCUCUGCCGCUGCCGCUGCCACACCCCUUCCUACAUCCCUCCCCGCCUUGUCGUUUGGCAGCCUCCUGAGUUUAGCAUCUGCUCCCACCGUGCCCACGUCCUCCGCUAAAAGCACGGAAGCAGCCACGUCAUCGGCUCUGCCUGAGAAGCCAGGUGGUAGUGAGGCCUUGGUGUCAACAGCCUCCCUCCUAGGGCAGCAGCCAUCCGCCCAGCUUCCCCAAGCUCCUUCUCAAACGUCUGACUCUGUGAAGAAGGAGCCCGCUCUCACCCAGCCUGCGGCCAGCAGCCCUGGUACAGCAGCGCCCAGUGCCACCGUCCUAGCGCCGUCCGCGGAGGCCACUCCGGCAGCCACCGGGGCCCCGGACGCCAAGACCGAACCGCCGUCCCCUGCCCCCACCCCGGCAGCGCCUGGGCAGAUUGCCGUCGCAGCACCUGCCGUCCCAGGUGCCGGCCCCGUGGCCCCAGAAACAUCCAGGCCUCCCGCCACCUCCAGCGCUGUUUCCGGUGAUGCUCCAGGCCCAGCCACGGAGCCCGCAGUGUUUGGGGCGGUCACUUCGGGCUCGCCUGUCUUUACUCAGCCACCGGCCGCCAGCUCUAGCUCGGCUUUCAGCCAGCUCACCGGCCACACAGCCACCGCCCCCUCGGCGACCCCCAUGUUUGGGCAGGUGGCCGCCAGCACUGCCCCGAGCCUGUUCGGACAGCAGGCGGGCGGCAUCGCCAGCACGGCGGCUGCCGCACCGCAGGUCAGCGGCUCGGGGUUCGGCAGCCCAGCGUUUGGCACCUCCGCCCCGACGGUCUUUGGACAGACGAGCUUCGGGCAGGCCCCGGCCUUCGGGCAGCCGACCAGCAGCCCCGCGAGCGGCUUUUCCUUCAGUCAGCCCGGCUUCAGCUCCGUGCCGGCUUUUGGUCAGUCCGCGUCCCCCACCCCCGCGUCCACCAGCGGGAACGUGUUCGGUGCAUCUUCAAGCGCCAGUAGCUCCAGCUCCUUCUCAUUUGGACAGUCUUCUGCCAACACUGGAGGGGGGCUCUUUGGCCAGAGCAGCCCUCCUGCUUUUGGCCAGGGCCCUGGCUUUGGGCAGGGAAGCUCUGUGUUCGGUGGCGCCUCAGCCACCACCACGACAGCGCCAUCCUCUGGGUUUAGCUUUUGUCAAGCUUCAGGUUUUGGGUCUAGUAAUACUGGUUCUUUGUUUGGUCAAGCAGCCAGUACUGGUGGAACGGUCUUUGGCCAGCAGUCGUCCUCUUCCAGCGGCAGCGUGUUUGGGUCUGGAAACACUGGAAGAGGGGGAGGUUUCUUCAGUGGCCUUGGAGGGAAACCCAGCCAAGACGCAGCCAACAAAAACCCAUUCAGCUCGGCCAGCGGGGGCUUUGGAGCUACAGCCACCCCAAAUACCUCUAACCUUUUUGGAAACAGUGGAGCCAAGACGUUUGGUGGCUUUGCCAGCUCAUCAUUUGGAGACCAGAAACCUGCUGGCACCUUUAGCUCUGGAGGAGGAAGUGUGGCCUCCCAAGGCUUUGGGUUUUCCACUCCAAGUAAAACAGGUGGCUUCGGUGCUGCUCCAGUGUUUGGCAGCCCUCCUACUUUUGGGGGAUCCCCUGGGUUUGGAGGGGUGCCAGCAUUCGGUUCAGCCCCAGCCUUUACAAGCCCUCUGGGCUCGACGGGAGGCAAAGUGUUCGGAGAGGGUACCGCGGCCGCCAGCGCGGGAGGAUUCGGGUUUGGGAGCAGCAGCAACACCACGUCCUUCGGCACCCUCGCCAGUCAGAACGCCCCGACGUUCGGAUCGCUGUCCCAACAGUCUUCUGCGUUCGGGGCCCAGAGCGCGGGAUUCUCCGCCUUCGGGUCAGGCAGCGGAGGAUUUAGCUUUGGAUCAUCUAGCUCGUCUGUCCAGGGCUUUGGUGGCUGGAGAAGCUGAGUGGGUGUCGGUGUUCCUUUCCGUUCCUGUGACCAACUGCGUUCUCAGCUCCCCUUCACUGAGAAACCCUGGAGCAGUCCUUUGAACUGGACGUUCUCGUUGAAAUACACACCCCGAAAGAAACAGCAGAAACCAAACUCCAGAGAUGCCUGAUUGCUUGUUUUGUUUUAUAUUUUGUGUUGGUUGUUCCCCCCCACACACGCUAUUAAACUGUUCGGCCUGUUUCCAUACAGAAUGUAUGUGGGCUUUUUCAGGUCACAGCCAAGGAGAGAGGUUUCCUCAUUCCUCUGGGUCUGAGAAACCUGCACAGCCUGCCAUCAGCCAGCAGCAUGUGUCUUCAAAGACGGCUGCCAAAAGGAUCCAGCAUAGGUUACGGAUAGGCAGGCGCUUCUCCCAGACGCUCUCCCCUGGUCUCCUCGGACUGGGGCCCUCCCCAGGGGGAAGAGGUUGAGUGCUGGCCAGCGCCUUUUUGAGGCCGUAACUCGGUGUCUUUUCUUCACGUCCUUUUUGCUAUUGAGUAUGAGGCCCCUCAAGGUGUCAACUUCGUGAUUGAGUAGAGGGAAGGAAACUCACUUAUGCAGGCAUUAGCUGAGUUUCGGAAGAGGUAUUAACACCUCAGCGUACAGGUAGCUGUGAGGCAGGCGUGGAAAACCUGCCAGGGGGUGCUGGUGACAGGUGUGCUGCCCUUGGAACACCUCUGCUCAUCCUCUCAGUUUGGCUCUUGGGCUCUGUGUGUCCCACGGCUAAUUUCUUAUACUCUGGCGGCGAGGUGGACAGUUGAUUGAGAAACAGCUUUUAUCUCCAGUAGGUGACGGUGACAUUGGUGACCACUCCUUGCUCCUAUCUAUGAACCGCAGUGCACAUAACCCUUGGGUAGACCCGGGAGUGAGAAGAUGUUGCUACUGCCCGAUGCCACCAGGCAAGUGUUGGCUAGGGUGGCCUAGAGGUCGUGACUUUGGUCUCAUUAAAGUGCUUGUAAUGCAGUGUUCUUAGGCCUGUGAUGUCCUAGCCAGUUGCUGGCAAACAAGGACUGCCUUGCACCAAAGCGUAGGCAUAAGAAUUUGUUAUCUUUCAGGCUCAGGAUAGGACAGCGCUUUGGCUUGGGUCAUCAGCAGGGGAGGGUUGGAAAGGGACAGUUAUUUAGAUUUUUAUAUAUUGGAAAGUUGUAUUUUGAAAGGUGUUAAUAAAAGUUUUCCAUGUGAUUGAAUUUGUCGCAUUACAGCCAGUAUGACCUGGCUGGUUCUAUUGGCUUGUUGGGAGGGUAGACCCCGGGGAGGUACCCUGGGCCACAGCCUGCCCUGCCGGUCCUGGCUCUGCUAGGGGCUCUGUGUAAAGUACAAACUCAGAAGCCCCAGUCUGGCAGGUUCUGAUUCAGUAGGACUGAAAUUGGUACUGGACGCCCUCCGGCUGAAGGCAGUAGUUUCUUACACUCAUCAGAAGAGGAGUCUCCUAAGUGCGGCACGUUGGGUUUCAGGAAUCCCAGACCGGAAUUGGGCCCCUGGGUGACUUAUCCUGUUUUCUGUGCAGUUUAUGAGAGGAGAGUGAGAGUCUGUUCGUAUGUUCCAUUCAUCAGGGCGUCUGCCUCCUUCAAAGAGCUUGGACUUCAGUCAUUUAACGGGUACCCUCUUUGGUUUUUGUGGAACUGAAGAGCCCGUCUCCACCUGUUCUCAUGUGAGGCCCCCCCAGCCACAGAGCCAGUCCCCAGACGUCCACACGGGGCUCAUUCCUCCCACGUGUGCUCUCCCUAGUUCGUACACAGGGCCAUCUUGAGACAAAGGAAUUCGAGCGUUGAUGGGAACAGCUCGCGGUGGAGGGCCUUGCUUUAAGGGAGCAACGUGACUAAAUGGCAGGAGCUGACCUGCCUCCGCGUGUCCUCCUCCUGACCGGCACCCAGACAGAGCCAUCUCCUGCGCUUAUGUUUCCCCCCAGAGGCUCUUUUUUAUAAAUAGAAGCUGGUUUGGCCUAAACCCUUGACCUCAAAUUCUCUGUGUAAUCCUCCAUCGAGGUGGCAUGUGACAUCUCUCCCUAAGGCCGUAUCAGCUGAGCUCGGCCAGAUAACGCCCCGGCACUCACUGUGGGGCGCGGCGGCCACCAGGGAAUGGAUGGCUGGUGUGGGAGCCCCUCUGAGUUCCUUUUUUGGGGUCGAUUUCGCUGGUGGGUGACAGGGGUCAUCUCAGAGUGCAGCCAGCAUGCGUCCCCUGAAACCCAAGCUCCCAGGAUGCUGGGCAGGGAAUGCACGGUGGCUCCAGCCUGCCCGGGGAGGAGAUGGUGGGGCUGCGCCUUCCCCAAAUAGGGGCAGACGGAGAGCAGCCGCGAGUGUGAGGGUCAUGUCCCCGUGAGAAGGGACCGUGACCGCAGAUGGGCCCGGGAGGGCGCCUGCUUAACCAAGCUGUGGCGCAGGAGGCCUCCACUUCAGUCUGAGAUUCUGCCUCAGCAGAGCUGAGUUGGUCCCUUCAAGCUGUGUUUUCGAUAAGCUUCACAGGUGAGUCCCACGCAGAUGGUCCAUGGUCCACAUUUAGAGAAACCUGUUAAUGGCAAUAACUAUAAAUAUCUUCUUCCUGUGGAGCGUCUGAAAGAGACCCGCACUCCCACGGCUGUGUUGAUUUUGCCGUGAGUCCAGGGUAAGGGAUCUUUCUGAAACUGUUGAUGAGGGGCACUGAGUUUAAGUUUCAGCUGCAUUUUGGGCACCUGCUCAAAAAGGAAACACAAAAGCACAGGUGGGCUGUCAGCGCCUUCCUGUUCGGCAGCUUCUGAACGCCGCCUCUGUGAGGUCUCCCCGAUCAACGGGUGGGAGGAGGUCCCCUCCUUGACCUCAUCCUGUCUCCCGACGCGACUCAGUCCCUGUCUCUGGUCGCCACGUUGUGCUUCAGACAAAGUCCUGGAGGACGAGGGGCAGGUGUCCUGCACCCUCCUGAGCUUGGCUCUGUCACCCUUUCCUUUUCUCUUCAGUUCCCGCUCGGUUUCCUCACAGAGCGCCUGCCCAGUGCUCCCGGGCAUCGGCCGGCUCUCCUGCUGCUUCUGGGUGUCACCUGCUGGGCGGAAAGCAGGGGCAGGUGUACCUCCCGGCCCUGGGCUUCCGGGAUCAGUCUCUUCCUCCUCCUCCUACCCCGGUUCUCUGAUUUGUCUGUUCCUUCAUCACUCACAGGAGGAAAAAAAAGCAAUUAGACUGAGAUGGUUUUAGCCCCCAAACCUCCUCUGUCUUCAGAAUGUUUCCUACGGAACGUUUGUAUACUCAGCCAAAAUAAGAAUGGUCCCACGGUCAGAUAAGUUGGGGAAAAGAAUGGACAGAAUGAAAUGUAACACGUCUUUUUAUCGGACUCUUUUGAGCCUUUAGUACGCAAAUUUGCUUUGUAAAUCAGUAAGAUGCAAUAGUCUGCCAUUUCCCAAAUACUUUUACCGUGGAACCUUUCUGCUGGAGCCAGCUUCCUUGAAACUCAUCCUCGCUUCAUCGUCGGUGUCGCUGGACAAAAGCAUAGCUUAUUUACUUCCUGCAGGUUGUGUUUCCAGUGCACGUUCCUCUCUCUCGUAUUCAGUGAUAAUAGUAGUGAUAGUUCGUUGAAUGAUUACUGUCUGCAUGUUUAACUUAACAUCUUCCAGAUGAGAGUGAGACCAAGAGAGUAAGCAGUUUGCUGAGUCCUAAGCCGGGCAGCGGUGGAGCCAGAAGGAACCGGGACAGUGCCUGCUGCCCUGCCCCGCACCGCACCCGCCUGCCCUCGGCUGGGCCCUGGCCGUCCACCGCUGGCUCUCGUGAUCGUCCUCCCUCAAGGUGGUCGUUCAUUCUAGAGGCAGUACCUGCCCAGUUGUGCCAGGGACACUGCCGAGCCCUCACAUGCCUGUCGUGUCUACCCCCACGGAAAGGAGCUGACACUGGGUGUGGACCACGGUAAACGCGCUGCCCGUUGUGUAGUCGGUUGCCGCCGUUCUGCUGCUCCAACUUGUGCGUGAUCACUCGACUGAACCAAAACCCCAGCGGGGCGGGACGGGGGCGGGGCUGAGUCUGUGGUGCCGGCGUUGGCGCACACCAUGUACAGAUGGGGGCUCGCGUCCGCUUCCGGAGGAGGAAGGCGAUCAGACCCCGGAUGAAGCAGCUGGCCCCACGCCCUCUGGCUGUCCAGGCCCCUCCUUCCUCCGCCGUUUCCUCCGGGCUCUGGCUUUGAGGCUUUCCAGAGUCCCACAGGCGGUCGGCCACAGACCCACCGAGGCGGCAGUUACUCCAUUGUUCCGCCCCUCUCUGCUCAUGAGUGGAGUCCCGUCCAUUCCACAGCCCUGGCCAGAGAUUCUCCACGUCGUUCGCGGCCCUAGCCCGCCAGCUGCAGAGAGUGAGUCAGUGUGGUGAUGGGGGCGCGGGGCAGGCCCGGACCGCACGUCGCGGCAAGUCCAGCUCAUCGCUCCUCCCGGCCUCCCUCCACCUCCGCUCCCGCUGGCCCAAGCGGGAAUCAAAGAAGCCGGCAUCUGGGGGCCGAAGAUGAUCCUGUUCGAUUCUAUCCUCAAUACAGAAGGGAAUUCAGACCCAAAACAGGGAAGAAAGUGACUCAAUCCAGCAAGUAGAGUUUAUUGCUUAAGGUCAUGUGUGUGUCUGGGCUCGAAUCCCAUCAUAGCUGUGUGACUUAAGGCAAGUCACUUAACCUCUCUGAGCCCCAGUUUUAUCAUCUGUAAAAAGGGAGAAUGAUAAUAUAUUUGUCUAGGUUUGUUGACGAUUA